AUGGAUGGAAGCCUUAGCUUUAUUUUGCGGCCAGAUAUGAGCGAUAAUAUAUCAUUGCCAACAUCUGAUUACAUCCCGUACAUGAGAUUAGAUCCAGAUGGACACCUGAUGCUAUAUGGCCUGCCAUUUCUUCCUAAUAGAGAUGUGUUCCUGUACAGUGAGGUGCUGUAUGAUGUACUGGGGUCAAUGGGUAUGGAUAACUGUGCUUACCCAAAAACCUGCGGGGAGUACGGCUUAUGCACGAGGGGGCAAUGCACUUGUCCACUCCAAAACAGUUCUAGUUCCAGCUACUUCAAGCCAGUGGAUGAGCAGACACUAGAUCUUGGCUGCAUGCCGCUAACUCCAAUCUCUUGUCAUGAAAUGCAACGCCACCAGCUCUUGAGCCUUGCAAAUGUUAAAUACUUUCAUGACAACCAAACGGUUGUGAAUGCAACAAAUGAAGAUGACUGUAAGCAAGCUUGCUUGAAGAACUGCUCCUGCAGGGCCGUUCUGUUCAGAGCUGGAGGAUGUGUGUGGGUGAAAAAGGUCUUCUCUUUGCAUGCAAUACAACCUGAAAAUGCUGAUUACGCAUCCGCUUACCUCAAGGUGCAACUUAUCCCCUCACUUUCUGCACCCAAUGCGGACAGAAAGAAGGUGAUCUUAGCUACUACAUUUGGAACUAUUACUGCUCUUGCAUUGCUUGUCAUUGUUGUCACUCUUUAUCUUCAAAGGAGGAGAAAGUAUGAAGAGAAAGAUGAAUUUAAUUUUGAUCAAUUGCCUGGAACACCAACGAGAUAUUCUUUUCAAAAGUUGCGCGAAUGCACUCAAGGGUUCAGUAAGAAGCUCGGAGAAGGUGGGUUUGGGUCGGUUUUUGAAGGUAAAUUUGGUGAAGAGAGAGUUACAGUGAAACGUUUGGAAGGUGCUAGACAAGGAAAGAAAGAGUUUUUGGCAGAAGUCGAGACUAUUGGAAGUAUUGAACACAUCAAUCUUGUCAGGCUGAUUGGCUUCUGUGCAGAGAAGUCUGAGAGACUUCUCGUGUAUGAGUAUAUGUUGAGAGGGUCGCUUGAUAGGUGGAUCUAUUACUGCCAUAACAAUGUGCCUCUUGAUUGGUGCACACGUUGUAAGAUCAUCCUUCAUGUUGCGAAGGGUUUGUGCUAUCUUCAUGAGGACUGCAGGAGAAAAAUAGUUCAUUUGGAUAUCAAACCACAAAACAUCCUCUUGGAUUGCAACUUUAAUGCCAAAGUGGCUGAUUUUGGAUUAUGCAAGCUAAUAGAUAGGGAUCAAAGCAAGGUAGUGACUAUGAUGAGAGGAACGCCUGGAUAUCUGGCACCUGAAUGGUUGACAUCAAGGAUCACUGAAAAAGUUGAUGUCUACAGCUUUGGAGUUGUCAUCAUGGAAAUAGUAAGUGGACGGAAAAAUAUUGACAACUCUCAGCCCGAGGAGAAUGUUCAGCUCAUAAAUCUUUUACAGGAAAAGGCUCAAAACAACCAAUUGAUUGAUCUGAUCGACAAGCAUAGUGAUGAUAUGGUCUCACACCAGGAGGAAGUAGUUCAAAUGAUGAAGCUUGCAAUAUGGUGCCUACAACAUGACAGCAUUCAAAGGCCUUCAAUGUCAAUCGUGAUCAAGGUACUGGAAGGUGCGAUUAGCAUAGAAACUUUCGAUGCAAAUUCACUCAUGUUUGUUCAAGAUAACCCACCAACAUAUUCAGUUCCAGCUCAAGCAUGCAUAUUAUCUGGCCCAAGAUGAAACGGGCGGGUAAUGAGCAGAAGAAUGUCAAGUUAUGGACUACUGCUUUUGUAUCCUAUACUAUUUGUAUUGUUGAAAUAUGAUAGAAAUUCAAAAUUGUAGUCAACAAUAAAGCAAGAACUAUCGGAUGGACGAAAAGAAACCUGCAGCAACCAGGUAAUGAAGGAAUGAAAGGAAGGGUUAUUACUAAUUCUAAUGGAAUAAUAAAUUGACAGCAACCAGAGCAACAAUUGGUUCCAUUUGUUGAAAGUAAUGUUAAUGUGCAUCAGAAUUACAAAUGGAGCUGGCUUUGUCUGAAGCUGAGGGACGGUUUUCAUUCACCGACCACUAACUUGCAUUUCACAAGGCCAAGGGAAGACAUUAUUACUCAUUAGAUUGUUUUUAGGAAGCCUUUAUCGGUGCGGUGCUGGUCGAUGGCGGCUCGAUUUGGACACGACCGAGCAAUUCCACCAUUUUCCCGUUAUCUUGCCCCCUGCUCCCGGUGACGGAUCGUCGAAGCAGUCCAGUGAGGAGGCGGCGGUG